AUGCAGUUUGAAAAUGAAAUCCUCUGGUACUUGCUGUUAUCCAUCCUGAUAAAAACAAUAGCUACCGACGACGAGUUUAACGUUUUACAUGAAGAUGGCUCCUUUGAAUUCGGCUACAACAACCCAGACUCAUACCACUUCGCAGAUGCUAACAGGAAAAAUGUAGUCAAGGGCCAAUUUGGUGGCAGAAAUCCAGGAACAGGAGAAAUUGACUCAACAAUCUACACUGCUGGACCAAGAGGCUUCAGACCAAGAGGAAAAAAUGUCGUCCGGAAGUAUGACUUGAACCAAAGCGGCCCGAGAGCAAUAGGGUCCAGAGAUGAUCCCUACUAUGAUCCGUACGAAGAUCCCAGCUACAAGUUCGGGUUCAGAACGCGGACCUACACCCGAGACGAGAACGCAAACCGAGUAGGGGAUGUCAAUGGAAGGUACUCUUAUAUCGAUGAUGUUGGUGAAAAGCACAACGUCGAGUUCAUCGCUGGCAAAAAUACCGGAUUCCACGUGAAAACCCCUUUCCCAGACUCCAACCCAAGGGCUUAUGGACCACUUUACUUCAGAGGUAGAGGCAAGCCAAUUCCUAGAGGCAGAACUUCAAUUCAAAGAGGACUGGACGGAAGUUAUAAGUUUGUGUCAGCUGGACCUGACCAAAGACGCACAGAAACAAGCGAUUCUACAGGUCACGUGAGAGGUUCCUACACCUACUUAGACGACAAGGGCGUUCAACAUUCGGUACACUACAUUGCGGGACCUGAAACUGGCUACAGAGUCCUCAAACAAGUCAAAGGUCCUCACCUACCGACGGUAUUUCCUUUCGAACGCCCCGAUUUACUACCACCAGACUACUACGACUACGAUAAGGACCUUUUCGACGGAGCAGCAAGCGGACACGUCAAACCUAGUGGGAAACCUGGCAGCAAAGGGGACGAUAAUGGUCUCGACGAUAAGAAGGGUGUCUUUAGUUUCGGGAAUAAAGUACCUUCAGGGGCCAAACCUGGAGCUACGUUUGCUUUCGGUGAUGGGUUUGGUCACAAGAAACCUUUUGGUCCCAAACCAGGUAGUAAACCUUCCUACGUAGAUGAGGAUACUGACGAUGACGACUUUGGGGAUAUAUUCGGUAGUGGACCAACUAGCACGUCUCCGAGGCCAGCAUCUGGAGUUGCAAGCGCUGAAGACGAUGGUUCUUAUAAGCCUUCUUACGAAGAUGGUUCCUACAAACCCUCUACAACAACUUCAAGGCCUGCAGGUAGACCUACAAGACCUGGAGUUAGGCCACCUUCUAGGCCAGCCGCAGACAGUGCUGAAGACCUAUUUGGAGUCAGGCCUGGUUCAUCAUCAACACCAAGACCAGGAUAUGGUAAUGGUGGUAGCUCAGAGGCAGGAUAUGGAUCUGGGAUUAAACCUAUCCCCGAUUUCGAAGAUGGUUACCCUCCUCAGGGUGCCCAGGAUGAUUUUGGGUUAUUUGGAAGCGAGACUAGUCACCCUAGGCCACCGUAUGGUAGCGGUGCACCCACAGUGACCGUAGGGGGUGCGAAUGCUAACUGUCCUAUCUGCCCUGGUACCAUAGUGACCAAUGUUGGUGAUAGAACGUUCUUGGUACCACCAGGGGUGUCUGUGAGAGCUCAUGUCCAAGCUAUCGACUUGAUACCAAACAAUCCUAGUGUCCCAUCUCCUAGUGAACAAUUCAAUGCUGAUAUGGCCUUGAGGACUGAGCAAUUGAACGCUGACGAAGACAAUAUUAUUAGUAAGGCAAAAAAUUCAACUACUACUGAAGAACCGAAGACACAGGAGUUGAGUACUACAUUAUCUAGUACUGAUACGACGACUGGUAGAUAG